UUCGACCGCGCGCUCUGCUCGCUCCAAAAAACUCUUUAAUUUGAGAAUGCGGGCGGCAAUUGAUCGAUUGAUUUCCUUCUGGUCCACCGACUGCGAUAUUAAUUUCGCGCGGCGAACCUUGCACUUGCAGUUUUCUCCGGAGGAACCGCAAAACCAUCGAAGCGUGAACCAUGGAACCCCUAUAAAUGCUUCGGCGUUGACCACUGUAGGCCUAGUCCAACGGCUCGACCCACAGACAGCAUCACCACAUCCAUUGAUCGAGCAAGGACCAUGAGGAAACUACUGCUGGUGUUUUUGUUGGCCCGUUCCGGAUUUGCCGGCGAGCAAAACAACAACAAGACGAAGCGUGGAUUGAUCCAUGAGAGUCAUUACUACGGGGAAUCAGGACCUUUCCGGCCGGUCGCCACGCUCUACCAUCACCACCAUCAACAACAACAUCACCAGGACAACAAUCCAUCACCAUCGCAACAGAAUUAUUAUAGUAAUAAGCCGGAGCCGAAGGUGGCGUCGCAGCAGGUGCUGUACGAGUAUCAGCAGACGCCGCACAGCGCCGUCUCCAACGUGCACGUAAACCAGCAGUUCCAGAACGCUCCGGUGACGGAACCCACGUACCCCCAGCACCAGCCCAGCCAGUACGUCAACCCUGUGCAGCACAGCACUUACAUCCAGCAUGUUCCUUACAUUCCUCAGCAGCAACAAAACCCAUCCCCUCAUUACACACCGGCCAAAUACAUCUACGUCAACAACAAGGUCAUGUACCAAACGCCGCAGCAAUUGCACCCUCUAGCACCCAGACCUUACAAAUUACCGCUUCCGCUUCCUCAAAAGGUACAACCAGCGCCAGUUCUCCCGCCCUUAACCUACCAAAAUUACCAUCUAACCACGACCACGGCGAAACCCAUCACCACGCCGAAGCAGGAAGUCAAGAAAGUCGUAGAGGAAGUGCAAGAAGAUGAAGAGGACGACGAAGAAGAUGCCGAAGAAGAGGACGAAGAUGAGGAGGAGGAUGUACCUUUCGGCAGAUACAAGUUCGUUGAAGACGAAGAGGAGGACGCUGACGAAGAUGAGGACAAAUUGCGCGACGAAGAAGAGGACGAGGAUUCCCAUCGCGGCUCCAGCACCUCGUACAGAACGCACAAACCGAAGAACGCCAGCAAGUACAGCAUGGGCUACCGCUACAAGGAAGGAUACAAGACCAAAUCGAAUUACAACCAGAAGAAACCGGCGAAGAAACAGCGCGAACCUUCUUACAACGCCAAGAAACACCACCAUCACCAUCAGCGCCACAAGUCGGAACCGAUUCAGGGCAAAUCCUCGCAGCAGAUUCCCGUGACCGUGAAGAAAGUGUACAGAGAGAAAUGGUACAUUUCCAAAAAUUCCGACAAAACCCACUAAUUUAACAACCAUCACAUUGUUUAUUUUUACACUUUUUUAUAUCCAUUUACCUGUUGUUACU